UGACAGAAAACGUCUCUUAAUUACCAACCAUGGUGGACGCACUACGGAUCAUUAAAGUGGAGGAGGACUGUGACAAUUGUCUGCUCAGUGAGGACGGGGUAGUUGUGUUUUCUUCAGGUGCUUUGGAUUGCAAGGUUGAGACCGACUCAACUGGUUGGUCGUCAUCAUAUGCCUCCUCUAAUGGGACAUUGUCGACAACAGAAGCAAAGGUCUUCAAAGAAGAGAACUGUGAAUCGUUACUUUUCCCGAUGCCCAUCAAAUGCGACAUUGAAGAAACAACACUGAAGUCCGAAGACUACCUGGAAGAAAGUGGUGAUGGUGCUCUGAAAAUAGGUGGAGCUGACCCCCUUUGCACAGAGCAGACCUCCUCAUCUGCAGGCAUCAAAGCUGAACAGCAGCAGGUUCGAGAUGGAUCAGCCAUGGCUCCUGUCCUGAGCUCUGAGAUGAAUCAUCCUCAUCCAGAUCUAGUGUCACGGUACCAGCUGAAGAGGUUAUCAGUGCGACUGGUAGACUGCUGUACAAGACUUCGUCAAGAAGGAACGAAUGGCAUGAAAAACAAAGAUGAGGAGCCUGAACCUGUCUUGUGUGGUGGGCCAGAAACGGAACCAACUACAUCUGUAAUUCCCCAAUCCACUGCUGUCCCAGUAAUAACGACGCAUGCACUAACAGAGAAACACUGCCGUUCUCUUUGUGGUGAGCACUUCAAUGCCAGGACAAGUCUGACAGCACACCAGCUCAUCCACUCAGGAGAGAGGCCCCACGUCUGCCAACAGUGUGGAAAACGUCUUUCAAGCGCAGCAAAACUCAAAGUGCACAACCGCAUUCACACAGGAGAGAGGCCCUAUGCCUGCCAGCAUUGUGAUAAACGUUUUUCACGGGCAGAGGAUCUCAAACGACACCAACUCAUUCACACAGGAGAGAAGUCAUAUGUUUGCCACCAGUGUAGUAAACGGUUUACACGGGCAGAACAUCUCAGACAACACCAACACGUUCACACAGGAGAGAGGCCCUAUGCCUGCCAUCAGUGUAAUAAAUGUUUUUCACAGGCAGGAAAUCUCAAAGUACACCAACGAAUUCACACAGGAGAGAAGCCCUAUGUCUGCCAUCAGUGUAAUAAAUGUUUUUCACAGGCAGGAAAUCUCAAAGUACACCAACGAAUUCACACAGGAGAGAGGCCCUAUGUCUGCCAGCAUUGUGGUCAAAGUUUUUCAGACAUUUUUAGACUCAAAGUUCACAACCGCAUUCACACAGGCAUGGCAUCUCAAACGACACAACCGCACUCAAACGGGAGAGAGGCCUUAGGGCCUGUUGUCAUAUUUCUGGCGACUGCGUUGACGCGAACGCAUUCCAUUCAUUUUCAAUAGGAUGCGACGACGUCCUUGCAAAGGCUCCUGGGAUUGCGGCACGGCAACUUUGACAGUUCACGCACGUCAAAAAGUAGAGCUGCCUCGAAGUUUAUGGAAAGUGUCGUCCAAUGAAUGUACAGAAGGUGGGUCAUGAUGAAAUGAACUAUGAUAUGAAAAUAUAAUAUGAAUUCUGUAAUGAAAUCUGAUACCCUGUGGGAAAAAAUAAAAUCCUUCAAAAAGGAAAA